GCCAUGAGGCUAAACCCGCAGUAAGGCUGACUUUAGCGGCUGGGAACGAAGGCAACGCACGGAGUAAUUUAUAUAAAGCGAAAUUCGAUAUCAGCGUCGUAAUACUUGUCUUUAAUUCCGCACCAGCAGCCGCCGUUAACGAUGAUGAACGGACAGAUGAACGGUUUUCAUAACUCCCUCAUUGACGAGGACUGCUUCUUGUUCACCUCUGAGUCGGUGGGAGAAGGACACCCCGAUAAGAUCUGUGAUCAGAUCAGCGAUGCUGUUCUUGAUGCUCACCUGAAGCAGGAUCCUGAUGCCAAAAUUGCAUGCGAAACUGUUGCCAAGACUGGGAUGAUCCUCUUGGCAGGAGAAGUGACAUCACGUGCCACAGUGGAUUAUCAGAAAGUAGUCCGUGACACCAUCCGCCAAAUUGGAUAUGAUGACUCCUCCAAAGGCUUCGACUAUAAAACCUGCAAUGUUCUUGUUGCUUUGGAGCAACAGUCUCCUGACAUCGCCCAGGGUGUUCACAUUGACCGCAAUGAGGAAGACAUUGGUGCUGGGGACCAGGGCUUGAUGUUUGGAUAUGCCACAGACGAGUCAGAGGAGUGUAUGCCUCUGACCAUUGUCCUUGCCCACAAGCUGAAUGCGAAGUUGGCUGAAUUGCGCCGUAACGGCACUCUACCAUGGCUCCGACCAGACUCCAAGACACAGGUGACUAUUCAAUACCGCCAGGACCGUGGUGCCAUGCUCCCAGUACGUGUGCACACAAUCGUCAUCUCUGUCCAGCACGACGAGGACAUUUGCCUGGAGGAGAUGAGAGAUGCUCUGAAGGAGAAAGUCAUUAAGGCUGUUGUUCCGUGCAUCUAUUUGGAUGACGACACCAUCUACCACCUGCAGCCCAGUGGACGGUUUGUCAUCGGUGGCCCACAGGGAGAUGCUGGCCUCACUGGACGUAAAAUCAUUGUUGACACUUACGGGGGCUGGGGAGCCCAUGGUGGUGGAGCAUUCUCUGGGAAAGAUUACACAAAGGUGGACCGCUCUGCUGCCUAUGCUGCUCGCUGGGUGGCUAAGUCUCUGGUAAAGGCUGAGCUUUGCAGACGAGUUUUAGUCCAGGUGUCCUAUGCCAUUGGAGUUGCCCAUCCCCUGUCCAUUUCCAUCUUUCACUAUGGGACAUCCCACAAGAGUGAGAGGGAGCUGCUUGAUAUUGUGAAGAAAAACUUUGAUCUCCGCCCUGGAGUGAUCGUCAGGGAGCUGGACCUGAAGAAGCCCAUUUAUCAGAGGACAGCAGCCUAUGGCCACUUUGGCCGUGACUCCUUCCCAUGGGAGGUGCCCAAAAAGCUUGAAUUCUAAACUUGUUAAGCUUUUCCCCCUCAGGCUUGUUGGCGUAUACUACAGAGAAGCCUCAAGUUCCAGGGGGUGAAAUGCGUUUAUCUCUCAUGACACAUAACUUCUCCUUCACUCCAUUUUCCCUCUUGUCUUGUUACUGUUUUCUGGUAUCAUACUGGGUCAUAGAUAUUUGAUGUUUCAUGAAUUGGAUGGGUUCAAUGAACCAUGCACCAUAGUACUUGAUGUUCUCUCUUGUCUUUAGGUGUCCCUGCUUCUUGUGGUAGACCUGAGUGGCUGUUUUCAAUUGCUUAUUGUGGCAUUCCACACUCCAAAUCAUUAUUGUUGCGAUUGCAUAUUAGGGCAAAUUUAAUAUCCCUCUUAAUUUACUGGUGCUACUGAUAUAAGGAGUCAAUUUUUAAAUGUAACAUUCCUCCUUUGUCAGUCUGGUACAGCAAUUCCUUGACCCAGUGUUCUCUUUUUAUGAUGGCUUUAUUCCCUCGUUGUUGUGGAGGAUGCUAGAAUGGCACAAUCUUUACGGGUUGUUUGUCACUAAAAAUGCUAUGCAUUGCAGGCUUAGGGGUGUUCCAUGUUGUAAUUAUACAAGCUCAAAAAUGAGCCUUAACCCCCAAAUGCUUCUACAGGCCUUGGCUGUUUUCUGACGUAAUACAGAAAAGUCAGAAGCUGCUAUGUCACUGCUCUGGUCUGCAGAGGUAUUGAUUAUACUUGAUGGAAAAUUGGAUUGAUAUAUGCAUUGAAAUUCAAUUUUUUUUUUUAAAAGCCCUUUUUUUAAAAAAAUGUUUUAUGGUUUUGAGGUGCUAAAAGCCCACUACCCCACAAGUGUAUUGAUGGCAGGUGUAGCUACAGAGAAACCUGGAAUACCAUCUUUAUCCUUUUAAUGGGGUGUGUUCUUUACCACAUCGUAUUGACUAGGAAUCCAGAGUCAACACUAUUUAUUUGUUCUCUUAAACUCAGCGUGGAUACAGAGAAGCUGAGGUUUAAGGAGGCAGCUUUAAACGCAUUGAAUCUUGAAUUCCUUCUGACUUGAUCAUUUUUUCAGUGUUUUGCUUGAGGCCCCAGAGUGUUCUACAGAAAAGCUUUGGUCUGCCUCGAGAGGAAAACGUGUCACUGGCAACCAUUAAAGACUGUUUGUUUUACAGCCAUUUUUAUUUUUUUUACUACAGAUUUGAGGUUUGUUUUUAAGUCCCCUUAAUGUCUAGUGCAGUUUGUUUUGGUUCUUGUCUAUCCUCAAUAGGUUGGCCAACAUUUGGUUGGUGUAGUACAGAGAAACCAGCCUUGUUUACACAGCCAUCCUAGUGUGUGGGAUAGACUUUUUUUUUUUUUUUUUUUGUUCCCUUAACCACUUAAGGGUAUCCUGUUGGCGACAGUAAGUUAAGAGUGCCUUUUCUAUUUUCCUCUACUCCCUAUCUGCUUCUCUUCGACAUGCUUUCAACUUCCAGAGGAACAACUAGCUCAUUUCUGUUAUAAAUCAUGUCUGCUGGGUAGUUUCUUUAUGCUCUGUAAUAAACAACUACUCCAUUUGAAA